AUGGCCCAGAGAAAGGCGAAAAAUGAGAAGCAGCUGGGUUCCGGAUUGAAUUUGGAAAAGCCGCUGCUCCUGAUGGCUAUUGAGCUUUCGGUGAAUCUGCACAAUAAGAUUACAAAAGCACACGCCGCGAAAGCUCUACGGGAACUACAUCAGAAUAAACAAAUUGAAGGACGGGCUGCUGGGAAACAGAUAGUAUAUCACGCCCUCCAGGAGACGUCCACCGAAGUGACGCCCGAGAUCAUUGCAGCGUUGGAUGAGCAGGCUGAGAAACUGCAGGAGCAAGUAACCAGUCUCGAAGCUGCAGAGAAAAAGACGCGAGCGGAGCUAGCAACCAUCUGUGCAAGACCCUUGCUCUCCGAACUUCGACGGGACGUCGGUCAGUUUGAGCAAGAACAUGAGGCAAUCCGUGCACGCCUGGUGCAGGCGCGAGGGAGCGACGCAGGGACUGUACCCGUGCAGGUAAAAGUGGAUGCUGAAAGAGACUGGAAACAUUGGCAAAAUCAGGCCAAGGUGCGCGGUCGGAUAUGUCGCGAUCUAUGGCGGAUGUGUUCGGAAGUUGUGCCCGACGACAUGGGCCGAGAAGAACUAUGGGAUAAUCUGGGAUUGGAGGGACCAUUUCUCAAGUGAUGAUGAAAUUGAGAGGCAGAGGUCUACCUGUUCGACCUGGUCACAAGCAAACAUUGGUCCACAAUCCUGAAUCUUCCUAUGGCCAUAAAUACUAUACACUGUAUGACCCGUGAUUUAAUU